AUGUUUGGUCUAGGAUUUCCUGAGAUGUUUCUGCAAUGGAUAAUGAAAUGUGUCAAAACAGUAAAUUACUCCAUAGUAGUUAAUAGUCAGAUCUCUCAAAGCUUUGAAGCAGCUAAAGGAUUAAGACAAGGAGAUCCAAUGUCUCUUUUCUUGUUUGCUAUAGCUAUGGAGUAUCUUAGUAGGAUUCUUAAAGGUCUUAAGGAUGAUAAAAAGUUCAAGUAUCAUUCUAAGUGCUCUAAGAUUGAUAUCACUCACUUAUGUUUUACAGAUGACCUUUUACUGUUUGCUAGAGGUGAUCUUGAGUCUGUUAAAGCUAUUCAACUGUGUUUCUCUCAUUUUUCUCAAGCUUCAGGGUUACAAGCUAAUCUCAAUAAAAGCUCAAUAUAUUGUGCAGGUGUGCAGAUGGAAGUGGGACAACAGAUUGCUCAAAAGUUAGGAUACAACAUGGAGGAACUUCCUUUCAAAUACUUGAGAGUGCCUUUGUCAACCAAGAAAAUGUCAGUGCUACAAUGGUAUCCUCUAAUUGAUAAAAUAAUGGCAAGAAUCAACUCAUGGACAGCUAGGAUACUAUCUUAUGCAGGGAAAACUCAACUUGUGCAGACAGUGUUAUUUGGUGUUCAAUCUUAUUGGGCACAAUUAAUCAUCUUUCCAGUUAAGAUAAUCAAGUUAAUUGAGAUUUUGUGUAGAAAUUAUUUAUGGUUAGGAGUUGGACAUGUUACUAAGAAAGCUCUAAUAGCAUGGGAGAGAGUUUGCAGUCCUAAAAGUGAAGGAGGACAGACUGAAUGGACGAAGAGAGAUCAAGCAAGUUGGAUGAUCAGGAAAGUUAUGAAUGCUAAACAAACAGUUGAUCAGAUUCAACCAAUGCAGGGAAAAGGGAUGAUCAAACAAAUUUAUGAUUAUCUGAGAGGGGAGAAGAUCAAACCUGAAUGGAGAUGUUUAAUGUUUAAAAAUGCAAUCAGACCAAAAGCUAUCUUUACUCUAUGGAUUUUGUUGAAUAGGAAGCUAGCAACAGUGGAUAGACUUGCUAAAUGGGGAAUGACACUUGAUAAAUCUUGUGUUUUAUGCAAAAGUGCAGAAGAAAGUAUGGAUCAUAUGUUCAUCCAAUGUCACUAUGCUGGAGAAGUUUAG